AUGGCUUCCUCCAGCAGCUUCCUGUCUGAAGAUCAGCUCCAGUGCUCCAUCUGUCUGGAUGUGUUCACUGAUCCAGUCUCUACUCCAUGUGGACACAACUUCUGCAUGAUGUGUCUUAAAAAAUGCUGGGACACCAGUUCACACUGCCAGUGUCCAGUAUGUAAGAUGGAUUUCCCCAAAAGACCUAAACUACAUGUUAACACCUUCAUCUCUGGACUGGCUGCUCAGUUUAGGAAGCCAGUUCAGGUCAAAUCAAGCAGCACUGCAGGAGAACCUACCAAAUCUCGGGUGUACUGUGACAUCUGCAGUGAGAAGAAAUAUGAAGCUCUGAAGUCCUGCCUGAUCUGUAUGGCCUCUUACUGCGAGACUCAUCUGGAACCUCAUCAGAGAGUUCCUUCUUUAAAGAAACACAAACUAAUAAAUCCUGUGGAGAACAUGGAGGAUUACAUCUGUCAGAAACAUGAGAGACCUCUGGAGAUGUUCUGUAAGGACGACCAGAUGUGUGUGUGUCAGGUCUGCACUUUAGAUGACCACAAGAACCACAACACAGUUCCUAUGGAGGUAGAGAGUGGAGAGAAGAAGGCUGAGUUGGGAAAAACACAAGCAGAAGUUCAGCAGAUGAUUGAAGACCGAUUAAAGAAGAUUGAAGCAAUCAAACACUGUGUAGAAGUCAAAAAAAAAAACACAGAGAAGGAGAAAACUGACAACAUGGAGAUCUUCAGAGCUCUGAUACGCAGCAUUGAGAGAAACCAGGCUGAGAUGCUGAAGGUGAUGGAAGAGAAUCAGAGAGCAGCAGAUAGUCAGGCUGAAGAGUUCAUUAAAGAUCUGGAGCAGGAAAUCACUGAGCUAAAGAGCAGAAACACUGAGCUGGGGCAGAUCUCCAACACUGAGGAUCAUCUCCACCUCCUACAGAUUUACCCGUCCCUGUGCAGACCUCCACCCACCAACAACUGGACUGAUGUCAGUAUUCAGGCUCAUCUGGAUGUGGAUCCUCUGUUUAGAACAAAACUUAUGGAAUCUUUUGACAAGAAAAUGAAGAAGCUUGCUCAAAUGGAACUGAAAGGAAUUCGACACUAUGCAGUGGACGUGACUCUGGAUGCUGAUACAGCAGAUCCUGAACUCAUCCUGUCUGAUGAUGGAAAACAAGUUACAUGUGGAGACAAACGACAGAAUCUUCCUGAUAAUCCAGAGAGAUUUACUGACGAUUACAUUGUGCUGGGAAAGGAGGGAUUCUCCUCAGGGAGAUUUUAUUAUGAGGUUCAGGUUAGUGGGAAGACUGUGUGGUUAUUAGGGUUGGUUACAGCAUCUAUUAACAGGAAGGAAUCUACUGAUCCUACUCUUGAAAAUGGAUUCUGGUGUCUAUCCAGUGUGAAUGAAAUUGUUUUUUGUCCUGUUGGCAGUGUAGUCACCUUUGUGAAACAGGCCCCUCAGAAGGUGGGGGUGUUUGUGGAUUAUGAGGAGGGUUUGGUCUCCUUCUAUGAUCUUGAGAAUGAGUGUCAUAUCUGUGAUAUAACUGGUCAGUCUUUCACUGAGAAACUCUAUCCAGUAUUCAGUCCUGGUCCCAAUGAUGAUGGUGAAAAUUCAGCACCACUGAUCAUCUGCCCUGUUAGUCAAGUUCACUCCUAAUUAGUGAAUGUGAUUGUAAUUGAGUGCAUUCUCGAUUCUAUCAAUUAUGAACAGUUCAAGUUAAAAGUUUGCACACACCUGUAAAGAACAUAAACUACAUACGUCAUGGAACUUUUUAUGACUAAAGGAAUUUUGUAUGAUAUUUAUAUGAGCACUAAAAAGCCACCAGCUCUAGUUAAUUACAAUUACUAAUGAAGAAUUGGGAGGUAAAAAACACAAAGAUCAAAACCUUAGAACCUUUCAAACUUUUAAAUAAUGCUUUUAAGAA